AUGUCGCCUCCCCCGGCUGAAGGCGACGCAGAAUCGCAGGCACAUCUCAAGCGUCUGCCCACCGCUGACCAGGCUGUACAAGAUGCUCUCGACCUCGCCGAGCUGGGCCAUGCCGAGACCUUGACGCGCAAGUUCAGCCUCUGGAGCAUGUUUUUUCUUGCCUUCUCCGUGCUGGGAACCUGGUCUACCUUCGCCCAGGGUCUCAGCAGCGGGCUGACGGCUGGCGGGCCCGUUGCCAUCCUCUGGGGCCUCGUUCUCGUCUUCGUCUGCAACAUCUGCGUUGCUGUCUCCCUCGCCGAGAUGUGCAGCGCCAUGCCCACCGCCAUGGGUCAGGCCUACUGGAUCUGGCGCCUGUGGCCCGGCGGCAAGGGGCGCUUCACGUCCUACCUCUGCGCCUGGAUCAACAAGUUCGGCUGGUGGACGCUCUCCGCCUCCCAGGUCGCCUUCAUGACCGACUUCAUGCUGAGCAUGAAGGUUCUGUACGACCCGGACUGGGACGGCGCUCAUGGUUGGGUGCGCUUCCUACUCUACCUCGCCGUGACGGCUUUCGUCACUCUCUUCAACAUCGUCGCCUGCCGCAGGGACGCCAUCCUGCCCAUGUUUAACAACUUUGUUGGCAUAUGUUUUGUCACUCUCUUCUUCGUAUUCUCGCUGGCGCUCCUCAUUUCCGUUGGCGUCAAGGACGGCAACUCGUUCCAACCCGCGUCUUUCGUCUUUGGCCGCUGGCUCAACCAGACAGGUUGGAAUGAUGGUGUGACGUGGUUCCUGGGCCUCGUUCAGGCGGCUUACGGCCUGACGGCCUUUGACGCCGCCAUCCACCUCGUUGAGGAAAUCCCUGCGCCGCGGAAGAACAUUCCCCGCGUCAUGUGGCUCUCCGUCACCAUGGGUGCCGUCUCCGGCUUCAUCUUCAUGGUUGUGUGUCUCUUCUGCAUCCAGGACCUCGAUGCUGUCAUCGACCCCUCGACAGGUCUCCCCUUUAUGGACCUGCUCAAGGGUACCACCGGCCUCACUGUUGCUACCGUGCUCCUGUCCUUCUUCAUAUUCAACGGCAUGGGCCAGGCUGUCAGCAUCGUCACAACGGCCUCGCGUCUAACAUGGAGUUUCGCUCGUGACGGCGGCAUCCCAUGGAGUCCCUACUUCAGCAAGGUCAAUGAGACCUGGCGCGUACCUGUGCGUGCUCUCUGGCUGCAAGGCGGUAUCAUCGGCCUCAUCGGCGUAUUGUAUACUUUCGCCGACACGGUCCUUGAGGCCAUCCUCGGCGUCAGCGUCAUCGCAUUGACGGUAUCCUACGGCAUGCCCGUGCUCGUGUUGCUCAUGGUCGGUCGCGAUAAGCUCCCGCCUGCCGAGUUCAAGCUUGGUCGUUUUGGAACCUUGAUUAAUUGGAUCUCGGUCUUCUACUGCGCCAUCACGAGUGUCUUCUUCUUCUUCCCCGGUACCCCAAAUCCGACCGUCUCCGAUAUGAACUACGCCAUCGCGGUGUUUGGUAUCAUGAUGGUCAUGUCUCUUGGUUUCUGGGUCACCAAGGGCCGCCUGACCUACCUGCGCGCAAGCGAGGCCGAAGAAGUCAUCAUUGAAGCGCGCCGCACUGAGCUAUCACAAGCAGCCGCAGACCACCCCGGGGCCGAGGGCCCCAGUGAUGUCAAGGAUACCACCGAGUCUUUCCGGGAGAGGCGGCAGUCUUAG